ACAAAUACAAGAUCGGCUGCUUUUGCAGAUUGCAUAAUCAAUGUUAUUCGAAAUGGAGCCAAGCCGAUUUAAUCUAAAAUAUCUGCUAAUUUAUCUUUGCAUGCAUAGAGUAUGUCCUUACAAUCUCCACGUUUUAUGCAUAUGUCCUAUGGCUCAUCCGCUUGUCAGCCACUUGCUGCUUAUUUGUUAGCCACCUGACAAUACAUGCGGUCCACAAAAAUUCUGCUAUUUCCUUGCCUACUCAAAAUUUUAACAUUAUAAAUAUUCGCGUUUUACUGUGCUUGGAAAUUUGGGUCCAUCUACAUUCGAACCAAUUAAUAUGAAAUAAAACCCUGUUUUCAUAAUUAUUCAUUAAAAUUUUAACAUUUCCAUGUUUCAAACAAAUAUUACCGUGCAAUUUAAUAAAAAGACAUCGAACCGCGAGUCCUGGAAAUACAGAAACUAUCCGCCAGGGUCGCCAUAAUAUUUCUGCCGCCUAUAACAUUGAAAUGCUAAUUUAUGUUGAUCAACUGUUCUUGAGCACAUUAAAGUUCUUUUAUUAACCACAAUUUGUUUGAGAUAUUUAAAUUUAAAUUUAAAAUCUCAUGGUAAGAUGCGUUGUCGUGAACAUACUUCUUAAAAAAAAUGCAGCGGCAAACCGCACAAAAUGCAGUGAAUUGAAAAAAAUCUACUGUACUAUUUGUUGGUAGUGCCCAAGACAAAAUGUACUAUAGGUACUCGUCGUUUUGAGAGGAUAUGCAGGCGCAAAGAGGGCACAAGGUGGUUUACGAAAAUUUGUGGAUGCUUUUGUAUUUAUCGCAUUCUUGGCUUUCGUGUGGAGGUGAUAACUAUCAGAAAUGGCGGUGGGUGCACAGAGCAAUUCAACAAAGUUUAGUAUGAUAUUCGUAUUGCUAUGCACAUUACAGGUCCAUGGGUCAGAUUCAGGUCUGAUUCAACUGAAAAGCUUUUUGAAAUCAAGGGAGAGCAUUGGAAAUUUGCCAGCAUCAUCUCAGAAGUUCAUGUUGAAAAUCAUUGGUGAAGAGUAUGCCAAACAGAAUAUGACAAGUUGCAAUGUUUUUGGAGGAGUGGGUUCCUGUGCAUCCAUUUCUGAUUUCUCAAAUUACAUGAAGAGCUGCAAUUCAAAAGGAAAGCUUAUAGAUUGUGCGUUUCAAAUUGAUACUUUACAAACUACUUUGGGAGACCCAUCCUUUAUACUGCAACAAUAUAUUGGAGACAGUGUGCAUUUUGCAGAUCAUGUUGAUUGUGCUUAUUCUCAUGAAAAGUCUGAGAAGUUUUUGUGUGCUAUAACUACACCUUCAUGCGGUACUGUUGACAAAGUGCUGGAUGAAAUUCCGUCUCUUAUAUCCUCUGUUGCAUCAAAGAAGUCUUCUCCAUCUGUGUCAUUACAAAAAGCGGUUCCACGCAUCAUACAAGCAGCAAGCUUAGGAUUUCCUUGUAAGAUGAUGUGUGAAGCGGUGGUGGAAGCUUAUGGGUGCAGUCAACCUACUUUUGGAGAGGUCAUGGAUGCUAUUGAAGUUGGUAGUCAAUCAAGUGCAAGAGCUGCUAUGGGACUGUCAAAAAAAGAGUUGUUUCAUUUUCUAUGGGACAAACAAGUUUGUGACAUAUUUUCAGAGGAUUCUGUUCCUGGGUUCUCUGGAGUGUGUGUAUUAUCAUUAGAUUCAACUGCAAAAUGUAAUUUGUGCAAUGGACUAAAAGAGAUUAGCUCUAUUCCAAAAGAAGUUCUCAAGCAUGGUGUUCAAAAGUUGUCCCAAAUGGUCUUAAGGCUGCUGCAGGGUGGACUUGAGGAGGUUCUUUUAGAGUUGGAUGACAAUAAAAAAGCAGUUAAUUCAUAUGUUGAUCAAGCAAAUGAAAGGAAGAUGGGCAGACAACCAGGCACAGUUGUAAUAGUGGUGAUUUUUAUGGCGUUUCUAAUAUGUACCUUUGUGGCAUCUAUCAGGCUGAGUAGAAAUCGUCUGGUUGCAUAUCAGUAUGUUGACCUUAGUAGAAUGGGAUACACACCUCCAAUGUUAUAGACCAUGUACUUGAAUUCUAAAGCUAUCUUUUGCAUGCACUGAACAUUAAGCUAGAAAAAUAGUAAAUUAUGUAAAAUAUGGAUUGAGUAACUGAAAGAUUCUUCUCGUUACCAGAUAAAAAGCACUCAAGCAAAUAUCAAAAGCACAAUAUAAUUUUCUAGGCUC